UGGCCAUAGAUUUGACACUGAGAGGGUCGAGUGAAGAACAACAACAUGUCACCUAAGAAGGCGAAAAAGAAGGCGGAAGGUGGAAGUUCCAAUGUAUUUUCCAUGUUUGAUCAAAGCCAGAUUCAAGAGUUUAAAGAGGCCUUUACUAUCAUGGACCAGAACAGAGAUGGCUUCAUUGAUAAAGGAGACCUGAGAGACACAUUUGCUGCUUUGGGCCGUAUCAAUGUUAAGAGUGAAGAGCUCGAUGACAUGGUUAAAGAGGCACCUGGGCCCAUUAACUUUACUGUCUUUCUUACCAUGUUUGGUGAAAAACUGAAAGGCACCGACCCAGAGGAAACAAUUCUGAAUGCUUUCAAGAUUUUUGACCCUGAUGGAAAAGGCCAUAUAAAAGCAGAUUACAUCAGAGAAAUGCUGACAACUCAAGCAGACAGAUUCAGUCAGGAAGAGAUCAGCCAGAUGUUUAACGCUUUCCGUCCAGAUGUUGCUGGUAACCUUGAUUAUAAGAAUCUGUGCUACAUCAUCACCCAUGGUGAAGAGAAAGAUUAGGAAUAAGAUGUUUUCAGAAUGAUACAGCAAAGGUUCUAAGACAAAUAUAAAAGAAAACAAAACAUCAACAGGUUAACACUGAGAUCAAAGUGUCCAAAAUGGUUUAAUUUUUAAUAAAUAUUAAAACAUGCAUUAAUAAUCAA